AUGGAUAUUGGCGAUAAAGAUUUAUCGCAUGAAGCAUCAUUUUAUGAUGAUGACACAUUCGUGACAACAAGAACUAAUUUGGACUCAUCAGUUGCAAGUUCAUCUGGUAGUUACAAAACAGCUUUUAACGAUAGUAAUUGUGUUGGAAAAUUGCACAGAUCAAGCUUGGAUUUUGUAUUCACUUCGGACAAUGCAGAAAGCGAAAGGAUAUUAUGUGAAAAGCAAUCCAAGAAAUGCAAAAUUCUCAAUGUGCAUAAUCAAUCACAAUCUGGAUGCUCGAAUGGUAUUUCAGAAUCGAAUAAAGAACCGGCGACACCAGUUUCGGUUCCUCAAGAUUUGCACAAAAGCUCUCAUACUAAAAAUCUACAUGAAAAUGAAGGUCGCAAUGUACAAGUAAUCAUCAGUGAACUUUUGUCGAAAAAAAUUAGUGACGAAGUGAAAGCAAAAAAUUUGGCUUCGUUGAAUCACAUUAUACUUCAGUGUAAAAAUUACAUGCAACGGUAUUCAGUACGACAAGAUUUGAUCGCUUUGGGCCUUCUAAAUGCACUUCCUGACUUGAUUGAAUCGCGAAAUCAAAAAAUAGAAUCGGAAUUGGAAAUAUUUUUUACUAGUGAAUCCAAUGACAAUUUGGUUGGUAGUGGUAAUCGUCAGCCGAUUGAUGCAUUUCAAGCAGCAUAUUUAAAAUUGAAACAUACACCGUCAGCUGAGAUAUUGUUGGAUAUUUUGGAGCUUAUUGGGAGGAUUCAACCAAGCAGCAAAAAGCUUCGCGGUGUGAUAAAUUAUUUGCAAACGAACUCACGAAAUGAAGGAGUUCAAACUGAGAUAUUUAAGGUAUUUAAAAGACCUAGAUCAAGCUCACGUAUAAAACGUUCGAAUCACUUUCGUAUGAACACACAAAACAUUCCAUUCAUAGAUGAUGAUCUCUCUACCAUUAUAUCUAUGGAGGAACAAACAGUAACUAAGACGGAGAAAAGUUGUAGCCCCAAAAAACAAUCUGCUUUACCUAAUUUGGAAAAACUUACUAACGAAAAAAGAAAAAAUGAUUUGGUCCCAUCCUUAAUACCUCCACCACCUCCUUUACCUCCACCUGCUCCUGAAUUUUUAAAUCCGUUAAUGAGAAAACAGCCAGCAGUUAUUGGAUCACCGGUUGUUGUCAAAGCUCAAUCUGUUUAUAAGAAAAGAUGUCUAACUAAUACAGUUGCUUGGGAAACAAUAAAACCGGAAUCAGUUGUUAAACUAUCAACCAUUUGGAGCGAUCAGAGUGGUUCAAAUGUUGAAUUCAAUGAACAUGAACGUGAAAGACUUGAAAAAGUUUUUGAACGCAUGAAGAAAAGUGACUUUCGCGCAUUUACAACUCGUACACGAUCUCGACUUAAUACUUGUGAUAUAAAAAAUAAUACUGAUACAGUUGAAGGUCUCACCGAAAAACGAGCACUUAAUCUGGGCAUUGUUCUUGCUAGAUUCCGUCCACUUACUCUAGAACAACUUAUUCAGAAAAUACAAUCACAUGAAAUUGAUGAGCUCUCUGUCGAUUAUUUGUCAUCUCUUCUAAAACACUUUCCAACGUCUGAAGAGCUCAUUUAUUUUCAAAAAAUUGAAAAUACUGGUCAUCUCAAAGAUGCUGAAUUAUUUUGCUUCUUAGCCGCACAAAAACCAUUUUUGAAGUUGCGUGUUGAACUGAAAGUUCUCGCGGAUAAUAUUGUAAACGAUGUUAUGCUUCAGCUUGAAUCUGCUCAUAUGCUUUUAGUAGCAAGCGACAAGCUUUAUAAUUAUGCUUCUUUAAACAUUUUUUUCCACCGAUGUUUGCAGUAUGGAAAUUUUUUGAAUCAAUCAACAUUCGCAGCUGGCGCUUCAGGAUUUGUUUUAUCAUCAUUACUAUCAGCACUAAAUACGAAAGGAAAUGGUGCAGCAUCGAAUACUCGACUUGUUGAUAUAUUAGCUGAAUAUGCUGACGAAAAUUUACGACAUGUUGUAAAAAUGCUAGAAUUUCUUGAACCAGCAAAAAAACAUUCAAUUGAUGAUAUUGAAAAAUCUGAGGCAGCACUUCGUCGUUCUCUGGAAAUAUCAUUGAAAAACUUGCAAGACUGUGGAGAUAGUGAUCUACACGCACAUUAUUCGCCAAUUAUCAUGGAUUCUAUUGCAAAAUGUGGACAGUUGUCUCGGUUGAUUAAGAAAAUUCGUAAGAACGAAAUGCAAUUGAAAGAAUAUUACUGUGCUUCGAAAUUAAACUUGGAAAAUAUAAUUGAAAUCUUAUAUCAAGCCUUAAAACUAUUCCAAGAAUCACUGAUUAGAGCAGAUGCUCGCGUUUCUCGAUCUGAUCGAUUAUGGCGAUCACGUGCAAACGCUGGUAGUGAUAUUGCUGACGUUGUGAGCAGAAUACAGUUGAACGAGAACCAGCACGGAAUCAUAAAAUGUUCUAAAGUCAAGAGCAUCAUCGAUAUUAUCAAUUUGAACAGUCAUUCUGAAAAAUAAAC